UUCCGCGUUCAAGUUCAGUAUUGCCAUAUGCUUUUAGUGACGACGUUGUGAGUUUAUGAAAUUGUCCGCCGCCGUAUCGUGUGGUUUUUUUAUUUACGUACUUUUAACGAGAUUUUUUUUCCAUCUUAAUUAUCUAAUUAAUUUUUAAUUGUUUUGCGAGUAAAUCUUUAUACUUUUAAAUCUUUCAAUUAUCCGAACAAUAAAGUUAUUUUUAUUGUAUUUUACCGCGCGAUUCGAACGAGUAUAUUAUACGGUAAUUCGUGCGAUUAAUCGAACCCAUAUUACAAUACCAACGUAUAUAAAGAUAAUUAAAGUCAAUCGUUAAACUAAAAACAAAACGAAAAAAAAAUUGAAAAUUUCUCAAAUUAAAGUCGUUUUUAUUAUUGUUUUCGCGCUUGCAGUUCUUUUUAGUAGUAGGUAUUGUUAAUUUAUGAUUGAUUGUAUUCCGAUCAUAUUUCGUCAAAUAGCGGAACCUGUUGUAAUUUUUACGUGUUCGGAGUUUUACUAUUGAUAACAACAACAGCAAAAAAAAAAAGGACAAAAGAAUAGAAAGACUUGGGUUAAUAAAUGAAAAUCGCGAUAUAUUAUUGGUAGGUGAAUUACGUACCAGCUUUGUUUUAUGAAGUACAUAUUAUUACAAUAGAAUAACCGUCUCGUAGCGAUUGUCCAACUUGGUGAGUGAAAUUUGGCUGUGCUGUUUUACUUCUUUGUCUGUUUUGUGAAAUAUUGGCCUUUCCGUUGUAAUUCGGUAGCCGAUGGAGGCGAUUUGUUGGAAAGCUCGGUAACAGCAGCUGAAUGUUGAAUAAAGCGAAGAUUACGAAAUAAUGCUCAAUACUGGCGAAAACAAAGCAAACGGCUUACUGACUAAUUCGAUUAGCACUUCUACGACAAACACAACGAUGCUCGGACCACCGACCAAAGAAUGUGCCCAAUGCGGCAAAAGAAUCACAGAAAGAUUUCUACUAAAAGCGUUGGAUGUAUUCUGGCACGAAGACUGUUUAAAAUGUGGCUGUUGCGAUUGUAGAUUAGGCGAAGUUGGAUCUACAUUAUACCACAAGGCUAAUUUAAUAUUAUGCAAACGUGAUUACUUAAGAUUAUUCGGUACUACUGGUUAUUGUUCUGCUUGUAAUAAGGUUAUACCAGCUUUCGAAAUGGUUAUGCGAGCCAAAAGUAAUGUUUACCAUCUAGAAUGUUUCGCUUGUCAACAGUGCAAUCACAGGUUUUGCGUCGGCGAUCGAUUUUACCUUUGUGAAAAUAAGAUUCUUUGCGAGUACGAUUACGAAGAGAGGCUGGUGUUCGCGAAUAUGGCUUACAAUCCUUCCAGCCUGGCUCAUAUUAGAAGGCAAGUCAGUAAUUUACAGCCACCAGCUACAACAAGAGACAAUCUAAGCGUUAAUCCGGAUCCAGCUCGGAGAUCGGUGCCGGUAUACACGUCGACAACGCUGAUACCUCAACAUUCGCAUCCGAAUCAACAGUUACAAAAUCAGCAGCACCGAGACGAUGGCUCCAGCGGAUACGGUAGCCCGGAUUCUGAAACUUUCGAACCAGUACAAUAAACGCAAGACUCCUUUUUAUUCGUUUUUCUCUUCAUUAUAAAUUAUGUUUACGUGUACAUAUUGUAAAUUUUGUUGAUUAUUGUAUUCGAGUUUUAAUAACUUUUAGGGAAAACCCCCCCUUCUUUUUUCAAGUUACUACGGUUAUGUUUUUGUUUGUGCUCCUUUUUUCCCCUCCUUCAUCUUUCGUAUUUUUUUCUUUUUUCGUCGUAUUAAUGUGACAAAAAUUUACCAGGAAAAAAUACUGUGCCAUGAGGUAUCUAAGUAUCUACAUAGGUACAUGUAAACUUGAAAUGCUUGGAGGUAUUUUUUUCAUUGAUCUCGUAUAAUGUUUUUUACUCGUCCGAUGAUCAAAUGGAUUUUUUCGAAAAUUUUAAAACAUAACGUGGGUUUUUUCGAUUUCGAUUACUACAUUCUUCUACCUACUUCUACUAUAUUUCAGAGAAAUCAAAAUUAUUACUUUUCCUAUCUAGGGCUGAAAAGUACUACUUUUCCAACCUCGCGAGAAUCGCUCGGAUGUAAAAAUAAGUACUUUCCACCCUCGUUCAGGAAAAAUUACUUCACCAAACUCGGAGAAAAAGUGAUUUUGAACUCGUGUGAGUUGUUCCCCUCACUUCGUUCGGGUCACAAACCUCACCCUCGUCAAAAAUCACUUUUUCGGCCCUCGUUGUGUAAUAUACUAUUGUUGUAUUCAUUAUUUUAUCGAUGCCGUAUUUGUUACCAAACAAACUUUUUAUCGUUUGUUAGAAGUUACAAAAUUUGUUUUUUUUUCUUUUUGUCAAAUCCAUUAUACUGUAUAGUUUUUAAAAAUUAUAUACUGUGUUAUUAUAUUGUAUGAUAACCUAGUCUUAUUAUUUCAAUUACAACGUAUUUUAUGUACAGUUUUAGAUAAUAAAUGUUUAUUUUUCAAUUAAUAAAAAAUUUGUGUUGAAUUCCAUA